AUGGCAGCCCCGAAUGAAGCCAGCAGCCCCCCCACCGCCGCUGAACCGAGGACGCCAACAUCGACUCCGCAGUCCCCUGGUACCGUGACUCCUGCCCACCAAUGCAGGAUCUGCCGUGCGUCCUUCUGUCAACCUCUGGGAUGUGGCCAUGUCUACUGCAACGAGUGUCUCGGCCCUCGACACAACGCCGCGCCUGGCAAGGCGGGCUGCCCCGAGUGCGAUCGCAAUAAUCCAACGCCUCCAAGGACCGUGACGCCUGAGCCCAAGGCCGAGUCCGAAUGCGACCACCGCAGGGUGCGAACUGUCAGGCAGAUCCAACACACCCAUGGGAUGGUAAAGGUGUUGUUUCUUCUCAACCUACUCUCCUUGGCCUUCUUGAUCGCAAUAGGCAUCGUCUUCGCCGUAAUAGUCGGCCGCUUAGUUGCUACCGGCUCUUCCUUGGCAGAACAAAUUCAGAUGGGGCCCGUGGGAAACAACCCUCUGUCGCCGGCUAAGCACUGGUGA